AUGCGAAUAGCUGGGAAGUGGCCGCUGUCUGACAGCAAUGCGAGCUUCCUCCGAGCUGCAAGAGCUGGCAACCUGGACAAAGUAGUGGAAUACCUGAAAAGUGGAAUAGACAUUAACACAUGCAAUCAGAAUGGACUCAAUGCUCUGCACCUGGCUGCUAAAGAAGGGCAUGUGGGACUUGUACAAGAAUUAUUGGAAAGAGGGUCAGCUGUGGAUUCUGCCACUAAGAAGGGGAAUACAGCCCUGCACAUUGCAUCCUUAGCAGGACAGGCUGAAGUUGUCAAAGUUCUGGUUAAGGAAGGAGCCAAUAUCAAUGCACAAUCUCAGAAUGGCUUCACUCCUUUAUAUAUGGCAGCUCAAGAGAAUCAUAUUGAAGUGGUGAAAUAUCUCCUGGAAAAUGGAGCCAACCAAAGCACAGCUACUGAGGACGGCUUCACUCCAUUAGCUGUUGCGCUGCAGCAGGGACACAAUCAGGCAGUGGCCAUCCUCCUGGAAAAUGACACCAAGGGCAAAGUGAGAUUACCGGCUCUGCAUAUUGCCGCUAGAAAAGAUGACACCAAAUCAGCCGCCCUCCUUCUUCAGAACGACCAUAAUGCUGAUGUACAGUCCAAGAUGAUGGUGAAUAGGACGACUGAGAGUGGCUUCACACCUUUGCACAUAGCUGCACACUACGGAAACGUCAAUGUGGCAACGCUGCUGCUAAACCGAGGAGCUGCAGUUGAUUUCACAGCCAGGAAUGGAAUCACCCCACUGCAUGUGGCUUCCAAAAGGGGAAACACAAACAUGGUGAAGCUCUUGUUGGAUCGCGGAGGGCAGAUCGAUGCCAAAACCAGGGAUGGACUCACACCACUCCACUGUGCUGCAAGAAGUGGACAUGACCAAGUUGUGGAGCUGCUUCUGGAACGAGGUGCCCCGCUGCUUGCGAGGACCAAGAACGGACUCUCUCCGCUCCACAUGGCGGCUCAGGGUGACCACGUGGAAUGUGUGAAGCAUCUCCUGCAGCACAAGGCUCCUGUGGACGACGUCACGCUGGAUUACCUGACCGCCCUCCACGUGGCCGCACACUGCGGCCACUAUCGUGUCACCAAGCUCCUUCUGGACAAGAGAGCAAAUCCCAAUGCUCGUGCCCUGAAUGGUUUUACUCCACUGCACAUUGCCUGCAAGAAAAAUCGCAUCAAAGUCAUGGAACUCCUGGUGAAAUAUGGGGCUUCAAUCCAGGCUAUAACAGAGUCGGGCCUCACACCAAUACAUGUGGCUGCAUUUAUGGGCCACUUGAACAUAGUCCUCCUCCUGCUGCAGAACGGAGCCUCUCCCGAUGUCACUAACAUUCGUGGAGAGACUGCACUACACAUGGCUGCACGUGCUGGGCAGGUGGAAGUGGUUCGCUGUCUCCUGCGAAAUGGGGCACUGGUGGAUGCCCGAGCUAGGGAAGAACAGACUCCACUGCACAUUGCCUCUCGCCUGGGUAAGACGGAGAUCGUCCAGCUUCUGCUACAGCACAUGGCGCACCCCGAUGCUGCGACCACCAACGGAUACACUCCGCUGCACAUCUCUGCCCGGGAGGGACAAGUGGAUGUUGCCUCGGUUCUCUUGGAGGCAGGUGCCUCGCACUCCAUGUCCACCAAAAAGGGAUUCACACCUUUGCAUGUGGCAGCCAAAUACGGGAGCCUGGAAGUGGCGAAGCUGCUUCUGCAACGCCGUGCGUCUCCUGACGCAGCUGGCAAGAACGGCCUCGCCCCGCUCCACGUCGCGGCGCACUACGACAACCAGAAGGUGGCGCUGCUGCUGCUCGAGAGGGGCGCCUCGCCGCACGUCACCGCCAAGAAUGGCUACACCCCUCUGCACAUCGCUGCCAAGAAAAAUCAGAUGCAGAUAGCUACCACUCUUUUGAACUAUGGGGCCGAGACCAACAUUUUGACCAAACAGGGAGUGACCCCACUUCAUUUGGCCUCCCAAGAAGGUCAUGCUGACAUGGUGACCUUGCUUUUGGAGAAAGGAUCUAAUAUUCAUGUGGCAACAAAGACUGGACUGACAUCUUUACACCUUGCAGCUCAAGAGGAUAAAGUGAAUGUAGCUGAAAUACUGACAAAACAUGGUGCAAACCAGGAUGCUCAGACAAAGCUGGGCUAUACACCUUUAAUUGUGGCAUGUCACUAUGGAAACAUCAAAAUGGUGAAUUUUCUUCUCAAGCAGGGAGCGAAUGUUAAUGCUAAAACAAAGAAUGGAUACACCCCUCUGCACCAAGCUGCUCAACAAGGCCACACUCACAUCAUCAAUGUUCUUCUCCAACACGGGGCCAAGCCCAAUGCCAUCACCUCUAAUGGUAACACUGCCUUAGCUAUUGCAAGGCGUCUGGGAUACAUCUCAGUGGUCGAUACGCUGAAGGUUGUAACGGAGGAGAUUACCACCACCACAACUACUGUAACAGAAAAGCACAAGCUAAAUGUACCUGAAACAAUGACCGAAGUCCUGGAUGUUUCAGAUGAGGAAGGUGAUGACACAAUGACAGGAGAUGGAGGAGAGUACCUUAGGCCAGAAGACCUCAAAGAACUAGGAGAUGACUCUUUACCAAGCAGCCAGUUCCUAGAUGGUAUGAACUACCUGAGGUACAGCUUGGAAGGAGGACGGUCUGACAGCCUGCGAUCCUUCAGUUCCGACAGGUCCCACACGCUGAGCCACGCCUCCUACCUGAGGGACAGUGCCAUGAUAGAUGAUACGGUGGUCAUUCCCAGCCAGCAGGUAACAACUCUGGCCAAAGAGGCUGAAAGGAAUUCCUAUCGCUUAAGCUGGGGCCCUGAAAACUUGGACAAUGUGGCGCUCUCUUCCAGCCCUAUUCAUUCAGGCUUCCUAGUUAGUUUCAUGGUGGAUGCUCGCGGGGGUGCCAUGCGAGGCUGCCGACACAACGGGCUGCGCAUCAUCAUUCCUCCGCGGAAGUGCACGGCGCCAACGCGCGUGACUUGCCGGCUGGUCAAACGCCACCGGCUGGCCACCAUGCCCCCCAUGGUGGAAGGGGAAGGCUUGGCCAGCCGCCUCAUUGAAGUUGGACCUUCUGGGGCUCAGUUCCUUGGGCCUGUGAUUGUGGAGAUUCCCCAUUUUGCUGCUCUGCGUGGGAAGGAGAGGGAGCUGGUGAUCCUGCGCAGUGAGAAUGGGGACAGCUGGAAGGAGCAUUUCUGUGAAUACACUGAAGAUGAAUUGAAUGAAAUUUUGAAUGGGAUGGAUGAAGUACUUGACACUCCAGAGGAGCUCGAGAAGAAGCGUAUCUGCCGCAUAAUCACCCGGGAUUUCCCGCAGUACUUUGCAGUGGUGUCCCGGAUCAAACAGGACAGCAACCUUAUUGGACCCGAGGGAGGUGUGCUGAGCAGCACCGUUGUACCACAAGUGCAGGCAGUCUUCCCAGAAGGGGCUCUGACUAAGCGAAUUCGCGUUGGCCUCCAGGCCCAACCUAUGCACACUGAACUUAUAAAGAAGAUUUUAGGCAACAAGGCUACCUUCAGUCCAAUAGUCACGCUGGAACCCAGGAGAAGGAAGUUCCAUAAACCAAUCACAAUGACGAUUCCCAUCCCCAAAGCCUCCAGUGAUGGGAUCAUGAACGGUUACGGAGGCGACACACCCACUUUGAGGUUACUAUGCAGCAUAACAGGAGGAACUACCCCUGCCCAAUGGGAAGAUAUCACAGGAACAACCCCACUGACAUUUGUUAACGAAUGUGUUUCCUUCACAACAAAUGUGUCUGCCAGAUUCUGGCUGAUAGACUGUCGUCAGACACAAGAAUCUGUUACUUUUGCUUCCCAAGUGUACAGAGAGAUUAUCUGUGUCCCUUAUAUGGCCAAAUUUGUUGUGUUUGCCAAAUCACAUGAUCCCAUUGAAGCACGGCUAAGAUGUUUUUGCAUGACAGACGACAAGGUGGAUAAAACUCUAGAACAACAAGAAAACUUUGCUGAAGUUGCCAGAAGCAGGGAUGUAGAGGUAUUAGAGGGAAAACCCAUCUAUGUUGAUUGCUUUGGCAAUUUGGUGCCACUAACAAAGAGUGGCCAACAUCAUAUAUUCAGCUUUUUUGCCUUCAAAGAAAACAGACUUCCUCUCUUUGUAAAGGUACGAGAUACCACUCAAGAACCCUGUGGAAGAUUAUCAUUCAUGAAGGAGCCAAAAUCAACAAGAGGCCUUGUUCAUCAAGCCAUAUGUAAUUUAAACAUCACUUUACCUGUUUACACGAAGGACUCAGAAUCAGAUCAAGAACAGGAAGAAGAGGUUGAUAUGACUUCAGAAAAAAAUGACGAGACUGAAUCUACAGAAACAUCUAUCCUGAAAAGCCACCUCGUUAAUGAAGUCCCUGUCCUAGCCAGUCCUGACCUGUUAUCUGAAGUUUCUGAGAUGAAACAGGAUUUGAUCAAAAUGACUGCCAUCUUGACAACUGACCCAGCUGAUAAAUCAGGCUCCAUUAAGGUGAAAGAUCUUGCCAAAGCUUCUGAGGAAGAGCCAGGAGAACCUUUUGAAAUAGUUGAAAGGGUGAAAGAAGACUUAGAAAAAGUAAAUGAAAUCCUGAGAGGUGGUUCCUAUAACAGAGAAGAAGAAGUUUUACAUACAUCCUGCCACAUGAGGCAGGAAGCAGUAGAAGAAGAUUGGGUUAUUGUUAGUGAUGAAGAAAUCCAAGAGGCCAGAAGAAAUGCUCCUUUAGAGGUCACUGAACCUCCCUGCGUCGAGGUCCGGAUCAGCAAAGGGACAACAGAAACAAAGACAGACAUAACUGGUGCGGUAGAUUACCUUACCCAGGAUUUGGAAACCUACGUGUCUCUUCAUGCUGUACAGCCGCCAGCCUUACAAGAAGACCUCGUAGAAGAGAAAUUUGAAGCUGUAGUAGUAAGCAGGGAUUCUGAAAAAGAAGGGCAAGAAUCUUCCCAAACUGAAAUGCUAAGUCCCCAAGAACAACAGAAACCUGUCUUAGAAAUUAAAAAGCCAGUUAGGAAGAAAGUAAAAGAUAAGCAAAAGCAGAAGGAAGGCAAGGUACCCAGCCAUGAAGAAGUGCCAGGACUAACAAAGUUCAGCUCAGAUGAGUCUCUCAAUGAGGAACCCGGCUUAACACCAGCAGCUGCUCCUGAGGUUACUGCUGUAUCCCCAGUCAUAGAGGAAACACCAAUUGGCUCAAUAAAAGAUAAAGUUAAAGCCCUUCAGAAAAGAGUGGAAGACGAACAAAAAACACGUUCAAAGCUACCUGUCCGCAUUCAAACCAAAGAAGGCACAGCUGACAAGACUUCUAGGAGACCAGGACCAGUUAAAAAACCAGUUGUGCACAAAGCACAACCACCUGUUUCACCUUCUGCUAAAACAGAAAGACUUGAAGAGACCAUGUCAGUUCGUGAAUUGAUGAAAGCCUUCCAAUCAGGACAAGAUCCAUCCAAGAAUGUGUCAGGACUGUUUGAGCACAAAUCUGUCAAACAAAAGCAACAGCUCUCUGAAAAGGAACCAACACGGAGAAAAACACUUUCCUCACAGGGUGAAACCAAGCGAGUAUUAAGCCACAAGACAGAUAAACAGAAACAGAGUGCAACACUAAAAGCUGAGAAAGAACCACAAUCAAAAAAAGGAAAGAUGCAAAUUUCUACUACUAACAUUGACAAGCGACCCGUAAGUAAAGAGCGGGUGAAAGAGCAGAGCUAUAAAACCAAACCUGCUCCACCCGUAUUUGAGGAUGAAAGUUGCAAAGAUACAGAGCUUAUGAAGGGCAAGGUUUCUGAUGACCAGGCAGAUACUGACUUCCAGAUCAGUCCUGACAGAAAAACCUCCACAGACUUUUCUGAUGUCAUUAAAGAAGAGCUUGAGGAUAAUGACAAAUAUCAACAGCUCCGACACCUUUCAGUCACUGAGGAAGGAGAGCUUCACUUAGAGCAAGUACUGACCAGCCCAUUCAAUGUUGCUUUCCCAACAGAGUAUGUGAAGGAUGGAUUCCUUCCUGCUCUUUCUCUGCAAAGUGCUGCUUUUGAGGGGAGCUCAGAGAGCCUUAAACAUGAAGGUGUUGCAGAUUCUCCAGGGAGCCUGCUUGAUGGAACCCCUCAGAUCAGCUCGGAGGAAAGUUAUAAGCAUGAGGGUCUGGCAGAGACUCCAGAAACGAGCCCUGAAAGCCUCUCCUUCUCACCAAAGACAACUGAUGGGCAAAUUCAAGAAGCUAAGGGAGCCACUAGAGCGCACACAACAGGAGAAACAAGUUCUCUGAAGGAACUCUCUCCUAAGGAAGAUGAAAAAGGUAUUACUGAACAACAGCUACAUGCUGUUACUGAGACUAAGUCUCCUUCUGACCAUGUAUCAGAAGAGCUUGUGUCUACAGCCUCUGAAGAAGAGGCUGAUAAACUUAAAGAAAGUAGCUCAGCUUCCAUUAUGAAAGAUUUUAGCAGGGAUAAAGAAUCCAAAACCACUGCACAUUUAACUAAGUCUUCAGAAACACUUGACACUGCAUUAGAGAAAGAAAAAGAUAUAACCUGUGAACGUCGUGUUGUUGUUAGAAGUCCCCAAAAAUUGGAACUUUCACUUGCUAGCCAUGAUAGUGAAAGCUUUAGCCCAGUUGCAGAUGACUCGUACGCUGUAAGUCAUAAGGACUCACUGGAAGCAAGCCCCGUGCUAGAAGAUAACUCUUCACACAAAACGCCUGAUUCUUUGGAGCCCAGUCCAAUGAAAGAGUCUCCCUGCCGUGAUUCUCUUGAAAGUAGCCCCGUAGAACAAAAAGUGAAAGCUGAUAUUUUGGGGCAGGGUCCUCUUCAGUCUGUUCUUAGCAAAGCAGAAACCUGCCCAGAACUGGCAUUGGUUCGUUCCCGGAUUCUCCGUGAUCCCGAGGGAAGUGCUGAUGAUGACAGUCUAGAGCAAACAUCCCUCAUGGAGAGUUCAGGGAAAAGUCCUCUUUCACCUGAAACGCCUAGUUCUGAAGAAAUUAGCUAUGAAAUCACACCUAAAACAGCAGAUUCACAAGCACUGGCAAACAUACCAAAGUCAGCUGUGAUCCCUGAAGUCAGUGAAGAACUGGACGAUGAUCCAGAAAGUGAGCCAAAGAAAAGAUUCACCCCAGAAGAGGAGAUGUUUAAAAUGGUGACCAAAAUCAAAAUGUUUGAUGAACUAGAACAAGAAGCAAAGCAGAAAAGAGAUUACAAAAAGGAUUGUAAGACAGAUGAAGCUUCUUCUGCAGGUGCUGAUUCAGAAGCUGUGUGUGAAGCUGAAGAAUCAGAGUCAACAGUUGUAGGAGAGAAAACACCACCCACAGUAGUGAUGUCUGCAGCUGAAUCUAGAAAAAGUUCCUCCUCUUCAGCCAGUGAGCCAGAAUUGACUCAGCUAAAAAAAGCAGCUGACUCAGGCCUCUUAAUGGAGCCUGUGAUCCGAGUGCAACCUCCUUCACCAUUACCAUCCAGUACCGAUUCCAGAUCUAGCCCUGAAGAAGCAGGUUCUCAACCCAUUGAUUCAAAACCAUGUCCUUUGAGGAUAGGGGAGGUUCAAGCAAAACAAGAUAAGCCAGUAGAAGAAUCAGGCACUUGUCACUCCAAUGGCUGUAUAUCAGCAGGUGCUGAUGAAUCAAAGUGUCACAGUACAGCUGAGAGAGAAACAGUUAGUACUGAUACCCCAGUCACACAGUUUGAGGGAACUUUGAGUCAUUCCAUUGGUGACAGUUGUCAAAAAGAUGUUCGUGGUGAGUCUUCACUAACACUACAGCAAUCUGAUACUCCCGAAAAAGAUGUUAACACCACCAGAUUGUUAAAGCACUCAGACAUCCCGGAUACAGGGUCUGUAUCAGAGGAAGUAGAUGACUGUUCUUGUGGACUCAGUCCUGCUGAGUACUCUAUGCCACAAGAUAGCAAACUGACUGAAGAUGAUGCCACUGACCCUUCUGCUUUGGGAAGCAAUUUGGGAAAAGCAGAUACAGGUUUUGAAACAUCUCAGAGAGAUACUCAUAUUGAGGAGUCCUUAUCAGAGCAUUCAUCCCUUGCCACAAAGACAUUGGAACAUGAAAGUUGUGCAGGAGAUGCUGCUCUAAGUAGUGCUUCUCAUUUAGUGAGCCCUUAUGACAACGUCUCUUCCGAACACUUUUUUACUGCCUCUGAAAAUCAGAUAGGGUGUGACAGAACUCUGCUCUCCAGGGAAGACUGUCCUGCUGGAGGAGAAAGAGAUCACACCGUGCUCAGCAGAGGCACAGGCAGUGAAAGUCAAUCUUCAGGGGAAGUAUGUAUGGAAAUAGAGGCAAAACAAGAGGAUGUAUUUCAGCAAACAUCACUAGGGUCUUUAGCAUCAGAUUCCACAAAAUUAUCCAAAUCCUCCCAUGAUGAUUUAAGAACCGAAACAGAGAAUUUGAUUAGUCAGGUUGUCAUCACCAAAACCGAUGUGGACUCUGACACGUGGAGUGAAAUACGUGAAGAUGACGAAGCUUUUGAGGCUCGGGUCAAAGAGGAAGAACAAAAGAUAUUUGGAUUGAUGGUAGACAGGCGAUCGCAAGGCACAACGCCUGACACCACACCGGCAAGAACACCCACAGAAGAAGGGACACCCAUUAGCGAACAAAAUCCUUUUCUUUUCCAGGAAGGAAAGCUGUUUGAAAUGACUCGAAGUGGAGCCAUUGACAUGACCAAAAGAAACUAUUCAGAUGAAAGUUUUCACUUCUUCCAAAUGGGGCAGGAGCCUCAGGAAGAAGUUUCCUUAGCUGAAGAAAUGAAGGAAGCAGCAGAAGUGGAAUCUAAGCUGGAGAGUUCUCCAGAUCCAUUUUCACCUGCAGAAUUAGAGGACUCAGAUGUACCAGAAAAAGAUACACUGGAGCAUUCACCCCUAGCAGCUGAGUCUAGUGAUAAGUCAGAAGAAAUCCCUAGUGUAGGUGUCAGCAUAGGCACCACAAAAGCAGAGCUUAAAUCCAGAAUUCCAAUUAAAAUGGGUAUUUCAGCUUCUUCAAAAUCACCCCAAAAAGGGACUGCUGCCUCUGAAGCUGAGCCCCUCUCCAGUACGGAGACUGAUAAUCUUGAUAGCAGUCAGGUGCCUUGCCCUUCCUCUCCUGAGCAGUCUGUAGUGGAAGAUGAGCUAGAUUUUUCCAAAGUCACUAGAUUUGUUCUUUCUGAACAGAAUGAUGAGUCCCCUGACUCUUCACCAGAGGAAGAGAGAUCCGUGAUUGAAAUCCCUACUGCUCUUAUGGAGAGAGUGCCUUCUUGCGAAAGCAAAUCCAAAAUUCCUGUACGAACAGCCAUGGUAUCACAGUCACUGCAACAAUCAGAAACCGAGAGCCUCGCCACAGAUGGCUUCCUAGAUGGUCUGCAGUGUGAAGCAAAGGAUGACCAAGCGAAACCAAAGUCUAAAAUUCCAGUCAAAACAGCUUCCCAAAGAGCUGAACAGCAGUAUAUACACACAGACCCAUCUGUCCGCAAGCUAGAGUCACCCAAAGCUCUUGACAUGACUAACAAACUACCUAUGAAACAGGAUAACCGAAGUAAAUCAGAGUCUGAUGCAAGUAUUCCCAUGGACCCAAAGACUAAGCGUUCAAUAAAAGCUAGGAGUUAUGCAGAGGCAGAAGCAGAGACCAGGGAGAGAGAGAGAGAGAUGAAGCUUGAGCUAGACUCAGAUGAGGCAACAGCAAGACCAAAGGUAUUUCCAUCACGGUUGCCAGUUAAAAGCAGGGGCGCUACAGCUUCCCGCAGCACUUCUAGUCCCACAAAAGACAGUAAGGAACAUUUUUUUGACCUUUACAAAAACUCCAUAGAAUUCUUUGAAGAAAUUAGUGAUGAAGCUACUAAGUUAGUGGAAAGACUCACGCAGUCAGAGAGAGAGCAAGAAUUAGUCUCAGAUGAUGAAAGCAGUAGCGCCCUAGAAGUUUCAGUUAUUGAAAAUAUGCCAUCCAGUGAGACUCAGCAGUCAGUUCCUGAAGACAUCUUUGACACCAGACCCAUUUGGGAUGAGUCUGUAGAGACUCAGAUUGAACGUAUCCCUGAUGAAAAUGUCCAUGACCGUGCUGAAGAUCAACAAGAUGAUCAGGAAAGGACAGAGGAAAGACUGGCCCACAUUGCUGAUCAUCUUGGAUUCAGCUGGACAGAGUUAGCAAGAGAGUUGGAUUUCACAGAAGAGCAAAUUCACCAGAUCCGAAUAGAAAAUCCUAAUUCACUUCAGGACCAGAGCCACGCUCUCCUGAAAUACUGGCUUGAAAGGGAUGGGAAACAUGCAACAGAUACAAGUCUUACCCAAUGUCUUACAAAAAUCAACCGAAUGGAUAUCGUUCAUCUCAUGGAGACCAGCGGCAUGGACUCCAUGCAGGUCCACGGCACUCGCACGUACGCGGAGAUCGAGCAGACGAUAGGCCUGGACCACAGCGAAGGGUUUUCUGCAUUGCAAGAGGAAGUGUACAGUGCAAGGCAUAAGAAAGAAGACCACCAGCUAUCUAAGGACAGUGACCCAUCUGAACACCCUCCCAUCGUCUCUGAGGAGGACGUCUCUGUCAGUUAUUCCCCUUUUCAGGGCAGUACUCCCAGGAGUGAAGCAGAGCUAUCAAUGGCUGAGCUCCUGAGACAAGCACAUAAGGAACAAGUACAAGCUGAAUUCUCAGGGAAACCCCAAAAUGUGUCAGAAAAGCCAUCUGCUGCAUCACAACAGGAAUAUUGUGUCACAGCUCCGGGAACAGAGCAGACCCCAGCAGCGCUAACCGGAAAGGCAGCUGGAAGUGCAAGCAAUGAAUCCAAACAUGUCAGUGUGGCAGAGCGUGAAACACCAUCCCCAGAGCUCCUGUCACCUGCUCAGCGAGGUGACUCUCCCAUCGUCCAAGAGCCUGAUGACCCCCAGCUACACCAGGAUGACCUCUCGCCCAGGAAAACUAGCCUAGUGAUAGUGGAGUCAACUGAUGAACAGCCAGAAGAGCUUGGAAGCGGUUACAAAGAGGAAUCUUUAGAGAAGGCUGAUAGUAUGCCUGAAAUGCCACCAGAAUCAGUCACAGAAGAGCAAUAUACAGAUGAAUAUGGCCACACAGUGGUCAAGAAGGUCACAAGAAAGAUCAUUCGGCGAUAUGUUUCUGCAGAUGGCACAGAAAAAGAAGAAGUCAUAAUGCAAGGAACACCACAACAGUUACCUGUUAAAGUUGAAGAAGGAGAUAGUUAUUCCAAAGUUGUAAAACGGGUUGUGCUGAAAAGCGACAGUGAACAGUCUGAGCUGACGCUGUCUGAACCUGCAGUUUUGUGUAGUGCCUCCAACUUCCAAUCUGAACCAGUAGAAGGCCGCAAGGUCAGCAAAGUGAUCAAGACCACUGUAGUGCAAGGAGAGAGAAUGGAGAAACACUUGGGGGAUGCAAGCUUAGCUACUGAUCUUCCAUCAGCCAAAGAAGACUUUGAAGAGGACAACACUGAAUAAAGCCAGUACCCAGAAGAGGACUGUGAUGAAGGACCAGUAUGGAAAAUAUGUUCACAUAGAAGAGGUGGAAGACACACCAGAAGCACUCCCACAGGAUGACCUCCAACAUGACCUGCAGCAGCUUCUUAGGCACUUCUGCAAGGAGGACUGGAAACACGAAGCCAAGUGAGAAGCUGCCACCCCUUAACAGCAUCACAUCACCUUCCACCCAGUACGCAGCAUUUACCUUCCCAAGGGGUGACAUUAUUACCUACAUAAUCCCUGGAAGACACUGCCAUUUCGACCCAAGCAGAUGCAGCCAAUUCAUUUUUACCCCUGCCCCCAUAUAUAAUUUGGGGUUUUUGUUAUUUUUUUACCCUGUAAGCUAAUUUGUGACCAAAGAUAGCAUCCUUCAUUCAGGGUGGUUUAUCCACCAAAUCGUUGUCUUUGUGCUGUACUGGGAAUUUAUCAGCAUCGCCACUUUUCCUGUUCCUUUGCUUCUGCACUAGCUUCACGAAACUGCAUUUGUCAACCCAACUUCAUCUACAGGCCUCUUCAAGUGACUAUGUACAUGCAUCAUUAAAAAAGGAGAGAAAAAAAAGGCAGGGGGAUGUUAACAUGUAAACUGUAUAUAGCAAGAUUAUUUGGACCUAAAAACUGCAGAGAACACACUGCCUAUGACUACAGUUAACAUAAUGGAUUACAAGGUCUAUUGAAACUGCUGAACAUGGAUGAAAAAAUAUUGUUAAUGUAAUCGACUGAGAAUACAGACCAACGGAGGAGGAAGCACUGCAGUUCUCCUGCAUCCAUAGGACUUCCAAUUUAGGGAUCUAUUAUAGUUAAAGGCUCUAAGAGUCAGGUUAAAAACCUGGAAAUUCAGCUGUUUUCAUGAAUUAACAGCCGACUGUGGCCCUCAAUGCUUUUAAGACCUUUGGCCAGCCACCUAAAGAUUUCCAGAAAGCGG